UGUUGAAACAUUGUAUAUCCGAACCGCCACUUUGUUUCCACGCGCACUAGAGUCGGUUCCCAACUGGUCGAAGCAACAUGGGUGUUCGAGGUAACAAAAAGCAUUUAAAAAGGUUAAAUGCUCCAAAGCACUGGAUGUUGGAUAAGCUGGGGGGUAAUUUUGCCCCAAGACCCAGUACAGGUCCUCACAAAUUGAGAGAAUGUCUACCACUCAGCAUUUUCUUGCGAAAUCGUCUGAAGUAUGCGCUCACUUAUACAGAAUGCACGAAAAUAUUGGCUCAACGUCUGGUUAAAGUUGAUGGAAGGGUGCGCACUGAUAAGAAGUACCCUGCGGGAUUCAUGGAUGUUAUCACCAUAGAGAAAACAAACGAGCACUUCCGUCUUAUUUACGACACCAAAGGCAGGUUCGCCAUUCAGCGCAUCCAUCCUGACGAGGCUAAGUAUAAACUCUGUAAAGUAAGAAAGGUUCUUGUCGGCCGUGGAGGAGUACCCUACAUUGUAACCCAUGACGCCAGGACGAUUCGAUACCCAGAUCCAAAUAUCAAGCCGAAUGAUACGAUCCAGGUGGAUAUCGCUACGGGAAAAGUUCUGAACCAUAUUAAAUUUGAACCAGGUAAAAGCAUUUUAAACUCAUUGUUUUUGUAGGCAACAUGUGUAUGGUAACAGGUGGACGUAACUUGGGACGAGUUGGAACUAUUACCCAAUGGGAACGUCAUCCUGGUUCUGUCGAGAUGGUUCACGUGCGCGACAGCACAGGACACCAGUUCGUUACUCGCCUAAACAAUAUUUUCAUCAUUGGAAAGUCAAACAAACCAUGGAUUUCUCUACCGAAAAACAGGGGUAUCAGAUUGUCUAUCAUUGAAGAGCGCGAUAAGCGAAUACGGGCAAGACGUCUUGCUCACUAAAUUGCAAUAAAUUUACUUCGGAA